GGCUGUAGAGUGACAUUGGUUCGUGUAUAUCACUCGCUACUAGCCGUAAACUGUGACAGUCGAGCACAUCUGUUCUAGGCGGGACAUCAAAUUUCACAGCAUCAUGACGAAAGAAAGCGAUGCCCUUAUCAACAGAGGAGAUGAUAGUCCAUCGAAACCUUUCCAGAAAAUAUUGCAACCUUGCAUGGCCGAAUUCUUAGGGAUGUGUCUGUUUGUGUUCGUGGGGUGCUUGACGGUGCAAGAUCCCCUCGGAAUAGCGAAAACUUCCCCCCCAUCGGCCCCGGCGGUAGCGGUUGGACACGGGUUUGCCAUAGCGUUCUUUAUUGUGGCGUUUGGCAACAUCAGUGGUGCCCACCUCAACCCGGCAGUGACACUGGGCAUCCUCCUGAGCGGCGCCAUCACACCAGUCAUGGCUGCUGCAUAUGUCAUUGCUCAGCUGACCGGCGCCAUGGUGGGAGCAGGAUUUGUCAGGGCUGUGCUGCCACUUGAAGAGUUCAUGGCAAUCAAUGGUGGGGCACACAUUCUGAACGCACCAGUCAUUGGCCCGGGGCCGGGCAUCCUGUGUGAGAUCCUGCUGACGACGGUGCUGGUGCUCACGGUGUUGCUGUCUGCCGUCGAUGACCACAACAAGUCCAGCCUCGCCCCACUGGCAAUCGGCUUUGCUGUGACUGUGUGCAUCCUAGCUGGUAUCAACACUACCGGGGCCUCCAUGAAUCCAGCUCGCAGUUUUGGCCCUGCCGUAGCUCUCAGUGUGUACAUGCCCAGUGUGUGGACCUACCACUAUGUGUACUGGGUCGGUCCCCUCCUUGGAGCUGUGAUAGCCGCCAUCUUCUACAGAAUCAUCUUUGCAUGCCCAGAGAAGAGGUUCUUCUGCAAGGAUUAGCUGGGCUGAAACUAAGGGGAGACAACUCUAGCACUAUGGAACUAAGGGGAGAUAACUCUACCACUAUUUAUUUGCGUAGUGAGGGCAACCACACAAAGCUGUUUCCUGCUCUACUAUAUAUAGAAGAAGAUCAGACCAGCUCACCUACUGGGCAGCCAAUACCAUACUUCUCGAUCAUCUGACCUCGGCUUAUCUUGUGUGUUCCACAAUAUUCUUUAUACCCCGAGAAAUCCAGCAUGUCCUUACAAGCCAGAUUAGAAGAAGUUUGUGUCUGUUUCCACAGAGUCACCUGUUUGCUACAGUCUGCUUCAACUAUACCACUCAAAAUAAGUUAAGGACCAUCCUAUACAUUUCUAUUAUUAUAGUUAAUCCAUCAUGCCAUGACAGAUUAGGUAUAGUAAUAUGAAAGAAUCGAGUGGUCCUUAAAUCUUUUUUGAGUAGUAUAUGUUUUUAACCAAUAAAGCUCAAGUGUUAAGAAAGUUGUAUUGUUUUAUAAUCUGCUUUGAAUCAGCAUCUUGGUAUUGAGUUUCUUGUGUAACUUUAAGGCCCACGACACUUGCGGUUCUGCAUCUAUUUGUGUCCCUAUGAUUCAUUCCAAAACACAGGUCUUAGCACUGCGGUUAUGAUGACGACCAUACUUUACUAAGACUUAUAGUGCUAAGAUCAGGGUCCAAAGCACUGCAGCACUGCAGCAGGGACAGGAAAGAAAAAAGUAAGUCUUGUGACGCCUGAUUGUCGUUGUCACUUUCCUUGUAUCGUCUUCCAGUGAAUGUUGCAUGUCUGUGACCUCAUCCUGUCUUGCAUAUCUCUGAUUCUCUCACAGAACUGUCAGAGUUCUAUGCCAGUGUUGGAGCACAGCCAAAUACUCCAGUAACACAAGUAGACCAGUACAAAGUGUACAAACAGUUUGUGCUAACCUCAUGUUUUAAUGUCCACUCAAGGCCCAAAAAUGCACAGACCAGCAAUCUUAGCACAAAGGUGAUCGUCACUCCCACACUUUAACAUAGGCUUACGAUAGUUCUAGUGCCAAGGUGAUCGUCACUCCCACACUUUAACAUAGGCUUACAAUAGUUCUAGUGCUAAGGUGAUCGUCACUCCCACACUUUAACAUAGGCUUACAAUAGUUCUAGUGCUAAGGUGAUUGUAACUUCCAUACUACGAUAGUUCUAGUGCUAAGGUGAACGUCACUCCCACACUUUAACAUAGGCUUACGAUAGUUCUAGUGCUAAGGUGAUCGUCACUCCCACACUUUAACAUAGGCUUACGAUAGUUCUAGUGCUAAGGUGAUCGUCACUCCCACACUUUAACAUAGGCUUACGAUAGUUCUAGUGCUAAGGUGAACGUCACUCCCACACUUUAACAUAGGCUUACAAUAGUUCUAGUGCUAAGGUGAACGUCACUCCCACACUUUAACAUGGGCUUACAAUAGUUCUAGUGCUAAGGUGAUCCUAACUCCCACACUUUAACACAGGCUUACAAUAGUUCUAGUGCUAAGGUGGAUGUCACUCCCACACUUUAACAUAGGCUUACAAUAGUUCUAGUGCUAAGGUGAUCAUAACUCCCACACUUUUAACAUAGGCUUACGAUAGCUCUUGUGCUAAGGUGAUCGUAAUUCCGGACCAGAAAAAAGGUUCUAUAAAAUGGGUUUUGCUUAUGUACGGGAUACACUUUAAUGAAAGUAUUUUUCAGAUCAUGAUCCGUCAGAAACGUCACCAGAAGGACAGACCGGGACUGGUAGAUUACAACUUCCUGAAAGUUUGGACGUUGCUACAACUUCAGGCAUUAUUGUAACAUGUAUAAAUGAUCAAUAAUACUAUUAUUAUUUGCCAAUGUUGUAUAAGGUACUAAGGCGCCGCGAUUCGCUGUGCAGAGUUGCGUCCCUUGGGCACGCCAGAAACCUAUGAUUGUGGGUUCGAAUCCCGGUUCGCCCCAAUUAUGUUUCUAGGUUUGUCAGCACCAUACCCGUGCUCGUGGGUUUCACCGAAGUGGUAAACGUCUGAGACCUGCAUCACUUGGGGCUUUCCUCCCACAUUAAGCUGACACGCCGCGAUAUAACUGUAAUACUGUUAAAAGCGGCGUUAAACCCAACUCACUCACUCACUCACUCUGAUACUCAAACCAGAACUCUACCGUAAAUCCUUGAAUUUGUGCCAGUCGUUUGUAAUGUAUUUGGGAAGUUCCUCAGACUCAAUGUCAAUUGAAGUCAAGAAUUUAUUCAAAGCAUUUUUUGUUUUGCACGUUGACCAGGCACAUAUCCAUGUAUAUUUCUUCAUUAUUAAGGCAUUAAUUCAAAGCCGGCAUUCACUCAAGGAUUUAUGGUACUUGUCAAAUAUGGUUGAUAUUUUAUAGUCUGUUACUUCAUGGUUUUGUAAAAUGAUUGUUAGAUCAUAUGCAAGUUUUAUUUUCAUAUGUUACUUAUGAAUGAUAUGAAACAAUUCAUUUUUGCAUAAAAACAACAAAUUGGGUCCUGUUAGUAACAGAAAAGCUUUUUCUAACAUUUGUAUAAUCAUGAUGCAGCCUGCUUGACAUGCUUAUCGACAUGCUUAUUGACAUGCUUGAUGAGAUUGUUAUAAUAUGCAAGGUCAUAACUGUAGGUCAAGGUCAAGCAAGCUGAUAUGUUUACAAAUUCACAUCAUGACUGUUGACCUGUGACUCAACAAUUUCAAAUGUCUCGCACAUCAUAGUUGCUAGUCUGAUUUUGUUUAAAUAUUUUUAAUUUAGGCCGUUCCAAAGGGUUGCUUCCCCCCCACACACACACACCUUAAUUUAUUUUCCGAUACCUAACUGUGUUAGUCCCUUUGUGGUGUGUUUUGUUCACUUCAUGACUUGGGUGAUAUAUAUCUUCUGUGUUCAACAUCUAGAAUCCUGCCAACCUCCUCUCCAGGCAUCCAGCAUACCACAUAAUUUGUCUCCCUCUUGAAGAAAAAUGUGUACAAUUAGGCUUAAAAAAAUAAAAGAAUUGGUUCUCAGGCAAUGUUUUUUGAAAAUAUUGUGCAGGCUGGCGGGUGGAUGUUUUUGUUGUUGCUUUUUUGUUGUUGUUGUUGUUCAUGCUAGUGUGUAACCAAAUAAACAAUAUGUACAAUCAACCUUGGAAAGGGCCUCCCUACAUAAAUGUAUUCAUUGAUGAGUAAAAUACUGGAAUACAUUAUUUGACUACCGGUACUGUUUGACUUAAAAUAUUAAAGGAUUUUUGGGCUUGUUGUUUUUUCAAAAUGGAAAUAAAAACAAAACGUGUGGUGAACUUUAUGAUGAUGCGAGCAGUGCCUGAGAACCAAGGCUAUUAUUUUUUUUAGCCUUACAUGAGAACUAGGUGAUACUGUGAUAUUCUAUUAGAUCGUCCUCAGGUUGAAUGCAGUAUUCCACCAAGUUUUAGUAAAAUGUCAGAUAGUAAGUGAUCCCAUUGCAAGUAUGGAAUUUAUGCCGUACACAGGAAGUGCUGCAUAUUGUGUUAAGAAAUCAAGUUGCGCUUGUGUCGUUUCCCCACAAACACUUUAUUUGCACCAGGUCCUGACUUCACAUAUUGCCAACACUUGAAUGUAGAAUAUUGUCAGUGGUUGUGUUUUUAUUGAUGAGUAUGUGACCAGUUCUGUCUUCAUGAAAUGACUAUUCAUAUUCAUCUGGUGCAGAGUAAAUACUUCGUUAUCUGGCUAUUAAACUGUAUAUUUGUU